GUAAAUGUGUGCGUGACUUUAUCAGUCAGAAAGCGAGCAUGAAGAUUUAUUUCUGUGGCAGCAUCCGUGGUGGGAGGGACGACGUGCACCUGUACCAGAAGAUCGUGCGCAAGCUGCUGAGCUACGGGACCGUGCUGACCGAGCAUGUAGCCAACACGGACUUGAGCGACGCAGGAGAGGACUCUACAGCAAAAGGGGAUCAAGCUAUCCACGACCGAGAUGUAGACUGGCUGCGGCAGUCUGAUGUGAUUGUUGCUGAAGUGACACAGCCAUCUCUGGGCGUCGGCUACGAGCUGGGCCGAGUCGUCGACAUGAAAAAGAAAGUGUUGUGUCUGUUCAGACCGUCGUCAGGACGCAUUCUGUCGGCCAUGAUACGAGGAGCUGCAGACAGCCAACAUUUUAUGGUGAGAGAUUACAACGAGGAGGAGGUGGAGAAAGUUCUGGAUCAAUUUUUCAGCAGCCUUAGUCGGACCUGA